AUGAAGUUUGCGGAUCAUCUUAGGGAGUCUACGAUUUCAGAGUGGAAGGGCAAGUAUAUCGAUUACAAGUAUGGCAAGAAGAAGCUGAAGAAGUACAAGGCGAACACUGCCAAGCUUAACAUUCCGGCAGUUGGGUAUGUGAGCGGGCGUGGGACGCCCAAGAAGAAGUACAACGAUUUCCAGGUCGAAUGUAUAAACGAUUUUAUAGAGGACUGGUUGAUACCCAACCAGCUGUACAAAUGUAAUGAGUUCUACUUGUGGUUGCUCAGCCAGUGUCAGGAGAAGUACUUGAUCUUGUCGCAGCAGCUUGACUGUUACAGGGAGCACAAGAAGGAGUUCAGGGAGAUAUCAUCGCGUGUCACUUACCAGACGUCAUCUACCUCGGUGUUGCAGGCGUACGGGUCUAUCUCAAAUGCGCCGGAGGAAGAUAUCGAAGAGGAUCCCGAGCUCAGUUUCAAGAAGCACGACAAUAUGUUCCAGAUGACUUUGAAACACUUCCUGAACGAGCAUGAUUUGAUGCCUUCCUGGCCCAAAAUGUUUAUAGAGACGAUACCCGAGGCAUUGAAGCCUAAAAGUAUCAACACCAAAUUGAAAGAGACUUUUGCAUACAGUAAUAAGCUAAACUUAAACCUUAACCUAAUGCGCAAUAAAGAUGAACACGGUAAUAAGAUACUUAAAAACCCACAUAAAGAGUUGAAGCAUGCCAGAGCUUUACUCAGCGAUGCCUUACUUGAAUUCUACCUUUUCCUACAACUAGUCAAGAGCUACAGAGAUGUCAAUGUUGUAGGGUUUCGUAAAAUAGUAAAGAAAUUCGAUAAAACAUGCAAGACUCAAGAACUCGCAGGAUUUAUGAGAUUCGUUAGAGCUAAUUAUACCAUCUUCAAGCAUGAUGCAGUGUCGACAGAAGCUACAAUAAAAGCUUCAAAGGCAAAAACUCUCACCGACGAUGAUAUUGGGGAGGACUCCUCAACGAUUACUGAUACUAACGUAUCGCUCACAUCGACCACGAUUGACCCAUUAAGAGCUUGGGAAGCCAAACUGACUAAAUGGUACACCGUAGAUGUAGUAAACUCGUUAUCGGAGAAGAAAAGACAUUUGGAGAAACUUAAGAAAGUAAGCAUUCAAUAUUCACUAAAUGAACAAAUGAUUCAUAGAAACAAUAGGGCUAUCUUGCAGAUGACUGUUUUUGGUGUGUUUACAGGUAUUGCAGUGACAUUAAUUGCAUAUACCUUAUAUCUGGCCUUUCUAUCACCACUAAAUACAAAGAGACAUAAAAUCUUGUUCCCAAUUUGGGGUGGUUGGUAUAUGAUACUAUUAAUUUCCCUGUUUUUCUUGAUCGAUUGCUUCAUUUGGCACCGUACAGGAAUCAACUAUAGAUUUAUUAUGUUUGGUGAAGUUCAAGCGAAAAGUGGUACUCAGUUUUUCAAUAAUGAUUUUGCAACUACAGGAAUACCACUGAGAUUAUAUUUUUUGGCGUUCUUUAUUAUAUCAUGUGCUAUCAUAUCUGCUCUCAGUUUCCAUUUUGAUCACUUAACUCCAUAUGGCUACAUUUACUUCAUUGUUGUAGGACUUCUCUUUAUCACACCAUAUGAUUUGAUCCCAUAUUGGGAUAAAUUGGUUGAAACGAGAAAGUUCUUAGUCACAACCACGAUUAGAUUGGUACUUUCUGGUUUAUAUCCAGUUGAGUUCAAAGAUUUCUUCUUAGGUGAUAUUAUAUGUUCAUUGACAUACACCCUUUCUGAUCUUGCUAUUUUUGCAUGCUAUUAUGCACCAAAAACUCGGAAGGACCCUUUGGGGAUGUGCGGAUCAUCACAUUCUAAGGCAAUGGGUGUAUUAUCGUGCUUGCCAAGUUUUUGGAGAUUUAUGCAGUGUGUCAGGAGAUUCUUUGACUCAAAUGACUGGUUUCCACAUCUUCCUAAUGCCGCAAAAUAUCUUUUGGGCGUUGCCUAUAAUGCAACCUUGUGUGCAUACAGACUUUCGAAUCAUUCACCAGCAAAAAGAAAUCCCUUCAUAAUUUUUGCAACACUCAACUCUAUUUCCACCUCGAUUUGGGAUUUGGUUAUGGAUUGGUCGGUAUUACAAUCGUCAAUCGGUAAUGAAAAUUUAUUUCUACGUAAGGACCUCUACCUUGCUGGUAAAAGAAAUUGGGAAACUGGUAAGUAUGACUGGUCUAGAAAAGCUGUUUACUAUAUUGCUAUGGUACUGGAUGUGGUUAUUAGAUUUCAGUGGAUCGUUUAUGCAGUAGCACCUCAAACUAUUCAACAAAGUGCGGUUACAUCAUUUGCUCUAGCCGUGACUGAGGUUUGUAGGAGAUUUAUAUGGGUGAUAUUUAGAGUAGAGAAUGAACAUGUUGCUAAUGUUCACUUGUUUAGAGUUACAGGCGAAGCCCUAUUACCUUAUCCAAAUCAAGAUGUCGUUGAUUUUAGUGGAAAAGCGACUACCGAUUUAUAUGAUGAUCAGCAUUUCCAGCAGGGUCGGGAUUCUAUUGAAUCAUCAAGGCCAUCUCAUCUUCAUGAUUUGGAUCUAUCUUUGUCUGAUAUAAAUAAUAAGUUUGAGGAACCUACAGCUACCUAUCAUUCAAUUGUGAGAAGAAGAACUGCCAUUUUUGAUAAUAUUUCAAGAUCAAUACCAUGGGCUCAUGCUAAGGACUUUCAAAGGCCACUGACCCAACAUAAUGGUGAAAGCUCUAAAACCUAUGAAUCUGAUAGCGAAAGUGAGGGAGAAAGUAUAGCAUAA